CGCUCAAGUGCUCAACUUCGCUUCCCCUUCAAUCGGCCCGAGCAAAGGCCAUAAGCACACCUGCCUCCAAAAGGGCCAUAAACCAUAAUUACCAUAAGGGCCCUGCUUAGAUAGCCGCACGGUCCGUGCCCAAAUUCGUUACAACGGGGCCCACCAGCGCGUGCGACAACAAGAUCAUCGCCGCCCACCUGGCCUCCCCACUAAAAUCCCAAACCCUAAAAUCUCAUCCUCCGAAAAUGGCAAGUAACAGCGACGACGACAGCUCCAACCCGAAUCUGCUCCUCCUGACCCUCCUCCCUCAGUCAAAAGACGACGACUUUUCCCCCGACUUAUUAAACCCCCAACAGCAUCAGCAGCCAUCAGAACAAACACACCGCCUGAUCCAUCGACAGACCCUAACAACCCGCUCACUCCCUUCUCAGGAUCUCGAGAUCGGGUCCGGCACCAGCCUCGCGUGCAUUUGCAGCUCGCCGCCAUCCUCCGGGCCCCACGUGACCCUCACCGACCUCCCUCACGUUCUCCCCAACCUUCGCUUCAACGCCGAGGCCAACGCCGACGCCAUCGCCGCCCUUGGUGGGUCCGCCGGUGUCCGCCAGCUCAUCUGGGGAGACGAAGUGGAUCAGCUGCCGGUUUCGACGAGGUUCGACGUGGUGAUGGCCUCGGAUGUCGUGUACUAUGGGCAUUUGGUUGACCCUCUGCUGAAGACGCUGAGUUGGUUGGUGAAGGGUGAAGUGGUUUUCGUGAUGGCGCAUCUGAGGAGGUGGAAGAAGACGGAUGCCGUGUUUUUUAGGAAAGCCAGGAAGCUGUUCGAGGUUGUUGCUCUUCACUCUGAUCCUCCUCUGCCUGCAAGCAGAGUUGGUGUCGUCGUCUAUCGUUUCGUCGCGAAGAAGAAGGCUGUCGUCGUUUGCUGACACUUUGUGUUUUGAUUUUGUUUUUGUACUUGAUGGGUUUUUUUUUUUAAUCUCAAUGAAGCAAUAGAUUGCUCUUUCUUAGUUCAAAUAAUUUCAGCAGAAAAACAUAGUAUACUGUUUUACACCGAGUUGCCUUACUAAGAGAUUACAUUCUUGGCUAAUGAAGCAGGACGCAGCUCAAUGGAGACUAGCGUUAUAGGCUCUUAGAUCCGAGGUUCUCGGCAAUCUCAGUCUCCCACCUGUCACCGUUCUCAAGUGGUUUCUCCUUGUCAUAGAACAACUCCUGGAAAUGAUGAAAUCACGAGAAUAGUAAUUGAAGUGUUGAGAGAGAACAAAAGGAGAUCCAAGUAUAACUUCAAUUGCGUUACGUACCUCGUGGGCUUCAGUGGCGAAUUCAGAGUUUGGGCCCUCGACUAUGGCAUCUACAGGUCAUGCCUCUUGGCAGAAUCUGCAGUAGAUACAUUUGGUCAUAUCAAUGUCGUGCCUGCAUAUUCACCCACAAAGAAAGUGAUAAAACAACCACAGGAACUAUGUAGGAUUUAGAUCGAUAUCCAGUAUAAGAAUUGGCUCUAUAUCUUGUCGUUCGUCGACUGCCAUCUUCUCGUUCUUCAGCUUCAAUUGUGGUUGCUUGUGCUGGGCACAUCUGCGAUCACAAAUGUGGUUAGACUACACAGAUAUUGGUUUUGGCAAUCAAUAGAAUUUGAGGAACUAAACUCAGCUUGUAAACGACCAUGCUUCUUAUACUGUAUUAUGGAAACCAAGCUAUACUAUUGAUGUUAUACUAUCGAUCUGAGCUCAACCCAAGGGUUUCCCUGAGUACAAUAGAAAAGUAAUCUUGUAUACCGGCA